AGAGACACUAGAGACAGUGACAGAAGUAGCAGAACUUCAUGGGAUAAGGAAAUUAAGAUUUCAAUUUAGUAUUUAAUUAAUUAUUGAGUUUUCUCUAUAAAAUUAUGAAAUAUUAUUAUUCGAAAAUAUAAUAUAAGAAAUAGGCGUGAUAGCUAUGUUAUGACUCACAAUAUUAAAGUUGCAGUUCCUAUUACUGCUUAUCUACAAUGAUUAGUCAGACGGAGCCACUUAAAACUAAGAAAAGGCAUGUAAUAUGUAUGGCUUCGGACUUCUUCUAUCCUAACACUGGUGGCGUUGAAGAACACAUAUACAACCUCUCGCAAUGUCUGAUCAAACGUGGACACAAAGUCAUCGUGAUAACUCACUGCUAUGACGAUCGUGUUGGUGUACGAUACUUAACAGCAGGUCUCAAGGUCUACUACCUGCCUAUCAGGGUGUUUUAUCAUCAAUGUGCUUUGCCCACCAUGAUAUGCAACAUUGCAAUCGUUCGGUACAUCCUAAUACGUGAAUGUGUUGAGAUAGUUCAUGGUCAUUCCGCGUUUAGUGUCUUAGCACACGAGGUGUCUAUGAUCGGUAAAUUGAUGGGUCUAAAAACAGUGUUCACUGAUCACAGCUUGUUCGGUUUUGCUGAUAUGUCAGCUGUGCUAACCAACAAGUAUCUACAGCUAUGUUUAUGCGAGUGUGAUGCGUGUAUCUGUGUGUCUCACACAGGGAAGGAGAACACUGUGUUAAGAGCUAAAGUUAGAGCUCACAAAGUAUCAGUCAUACCAAAUGCUGUUGAUGCAUAUACUUUCACACCAGACCCAAGCCAAAGAGAUCCUAAUGUUGUCACAAUAGUUAUUAUAUCAAGAUUAGUAUAUAGAAAAGGUGUCGACUUAAUGGCUGCCGUAAUAGCAGAUAUGUGUCCAAGAUACUCUAAUAUUAGAUUUAUUAUAGGAGGUGAUGGGCCAAAAAUGUGGUUAUUACAAGAAGUUAGAGAACGUAAGGGCUUCCAACACUGUGUCACCUUGUUGGGUAGUUUGAAACAUUCCGAAGUUAGAAAUGUACUAGUCAAAGGUGAUAUAUUUUUAAACACUUCACUGACUGAGGCAUAUUGUAUGGCUAUAGUAGAAGCAGCAUCUUGUGGGCUAAAAGUUGUAUCAACCAAAGUUGGAGGCAUACCAGAAGUUUUGCCAGAGAGCAUGAUAUAUUUGACAGAACCCAAUGUUACCAGCAUAGUAGCUGGUAUAGAAUCUGCUAUGAAAGAUUUAAAAAAUGGCAACAUUCUCUGCCCAUACCAGUGCAAUAAAAUGGUGAGGAAAAUGUACAAUUGGAUGGACAUCACUCGGCGUACAGAAAUAGUGUACAAUCGAAUUUUAUUAAAUAAAAACAAAGUGUUGGGGCAACAGUUAAGGAGUUAUCUAAACUGUGGUGUGUGGCCAUUCCUCUUAGUUAUAAGUUUAAUGUAUUUAUUAUUACAAUUAAUUGAAAGAUUAUACAAGAGAAAGCACAUAGAUAUAGCAAGGGAUUUUAAAUUGUAGAUAAUUUAAUAGUACAAACUAGACUUUAAUAAUAUUUUUUAUCUAUUUGCUAGAUGGGUCAAUUUGUUUUAAAAGGCUGAUUAUGGGCACAAAAGCUCAGAAUUAUAGGCACUAAGCAAGGUGUAUCAGCAGAUUAUAUAAUGUGUUCUUAGCAGUAAACCCUGUGAGAUAUUUUUCUGUUAUAGAUUAUGGUUUUGCACUUAACUUAAGCUGGUUUGUUGCAUUUACUACUAUGAAUAUAAGUAAUUAGAUGUGUUACUGGGUCAUGAAAAUUAGGAGCUCAAAAGAGGAAAUUUCCACAUCUCAAUGUUAGUUGUGGUCAACAACAAGCGUUAUUUAAACAAAUAAUACCUAAAUAUUUUCUACUAUGUUGAGUUGUGUGUUCAGGAAGUGUAAAAACACACACUUCAAAAAAUUUUCUUGUAUUGUAAAAUCAGACCUUGCCAUACAUUUUUGCCAGCCAUUUUUAACUACAAAAACUAGACACAAAUUUUAAACUAAUUUACAAACAUUUAAUUUAAAAUACAUACACAUUAAUAUAAUUACUUUGUUAUCAAUAAGUGUACAAGUUUUUAAAAUAAUAGUACACUUCAGCUUCAUAUAUUUUUUUUUACAGGACAUUUUUUUUAAAUCGGGUCAUCUUAAUGAAAGAAAAUAAUUAUUGCAUUCAAAGCUACCAAAUAAACAUUAUUUAUAAAAUAUACAUUGGUAAUUUAAUCCGCAAUGUAUAACAAAAAUCAGAUCUUUAAAAUUUUAAUAACAACCGCUACAGCAUUGAAAAAAUUGAUUCAAGAAAGAAAAAUUA